GAGACACACAGAGGGAAGGGCAGACAGAGGAAUUAGCGAGUAGAUAGGAGGGGAUAGAGACAGAAAGGGGGAGAGAGAUUGGGGUUAGAGAGAAGGGGAGGUAGGGAAAGAACGAGAGGGGAUAGGCGAAACCUGAGACAACGAGCAAGGGGAGAGAGAGAAGGUGGUAGGGGAAGAGAGAAGAAUAGAGGGACUGAGAGGAAAGCGAAGAUACAGAGGAAAGGAAAACGGGAUAGAUAGUGUGAGAGUGAGGGUAGGGAAAUGUGGAACGGGAUCUCACGGUGAGUUAGAAAUCUAGCUGAGCACUGGGAAAGUUACCUUCCCCUGCUGUUGAGAUGAACUGUUUAAAAUUGAAGGACCUGAUGUCUCCGCGGAUCGGAAAAUAUGAAUUAACCUCAGAGAGCCCACAAACUGAGAGAAAAACUGCGCAGAAGGAAAAUCUUUUUGUGGAGCCCAAGAAGACCUUGCCGAAAACCCCGGUGAAAAAUAUCUCCACAACGAGUGCUAUGCGGUGGAGGGGAUGCAGCACCCCAGAUCGAGAUCAGGUGACUCCAGUUAAACACAGUGACAAAUCAUUGGCCGAACCUUGGUCACCCACCGCUAACCUAAAAAUGCUCAUCAGUGCUGCAAGCCCUGAUAUCAGGGACCGGGAGAAGAGAAAGGACUUGUUCCGGCAGAUCGAAAAUGACAGGCUUCUCAGCUCGAUCAAUGAAGCAGCCACAGAUGAAUUUGAACAACAACGGCCAAGUAGGAAACAAAAAAGUCUGGGCCUUCUGUGCCAGAAAUUCCUGGCCCGUUAUCCUAAUUAUCCUGUUUCCACUGAAAAAACAGAAAUUUCCCUGGAUGAAGUAGCAACUGAACUUGGAGUGGAACGCAGACGUAUUUACGACAUUGUAAACGUCUUAGAGUCCCUUCAGCUGGUUAGCCGAAUGGCGAAGAACCAGUAUUCCUGGCAUGGCAUGUUGAGGCUUGAGCAAACCCUAGCCACGUUAAAGAGGAGGGGGGAACAACAUGGCUACGCCAAGCAGCUGGCCCUUGCUCGCCACAAGGAGCUGGACUCUGAGGAAGUGGAGAAGGGAGACGCUGCCCAAGAAAAGUGGAGCUGCUGCCGGGAGCUGAACCGGGAACCCCAGCCUGUGGAGGUGGAGAAUAAAUCAGCUUCGUUGAAUAGGAGGAAGGACAAGUCGCUGCGGAUCAUGACUGAGAAAUUUGUGAUGCUUUUCCUUGUAUCGGAACCCGAAACAGUGGCUCUGGAUAUUGCUGCUAAAAUCCUGAUUGAAGAGAGUCAGCAGGACUCAGCUGAUAACAGCAAGUUUAAAACUAAGAUCCGCAGACUCUAUGACAUCGCCAAUGUGUUGACCAGUUUGGGACUCAUCAAGAAGGUUCAUGUGACUGAAGAGAAGGGCCGGAAGCCAGCAUUCAAAUGGGUUGGGCCUGUCUAUCACAACCAGGCAAAUGGUUUUCCAGAUCAUUCUGUCUCAUCAGCCCCAACCAGGUCGUCAGAGUGUGUGUUUCCGGUCACUGUAAACACAAAGGACAGGUUGGAAUGUUCUGCUUCACUCAGUACUCAGCGCGGUUCCCGUGCUGACCAGUUAAAGGCUCAGUCUGCUCCUUGCAGCCCUGCUAAGUUUCAGACAGCGAGAACCAUCGAAGGGAAGGAUUAUUCCAGUAAAAUGGUGCACCUGGCAGCUGCUUGCAGGUUGAAGUUUGAACAAGAAAUUAAAAAUUCAGAAUCUGACCGAAGACAGGAGGAUGGUCAACUCCAAUCCGUUGCUAUGACAUCAUACCCACUGUUGAUGACGUGCACGGCUGCUUCUGCUGACUGCGCUGUCAAAACUCUGACAGAGAAUGGCUCCUCGGUUCCCCAGGGAGAACUGUCGCUGCCGGUCUGUCUGUCUAAUGGUGGGGUGGGGCACUUAACCCCUGCCGGUGGGACUGAUAGUAGUUAUUCUUACCAGCUCAAGAACCAGCCAGUUGUGCUGCUACAGAGUGUGUCAGCUGCCCCUGUCCUCAUGCUGUACAGAAACAGUGACUGCACACCUGGACCCAGUGAUACCCAAACCCAGCAACACCAGGAGACUUCGUCACCCAUAACCACGGAGAGUGAGGCCAGCUCAUUAACCAGAAACUCCAAGAAACGUGGCCCUGCUGAGCAAUGUCCCCUACCUCCUGAACCUUGUGAAGAUGGUGGACCAGAGACUAAAAGAGGGAAAAUUCUCUCUUGCCUCGAACAUGCCUCUGGAAACCAGCCGCCAGUGUUGUGUUUAUCAUCUUCGGACAAGUCUUCUACCCAGUACCAAGAUCCUCUGAGGAAUUGUGCCAGAACUCCUGACCAGAUUUCGCUGCCUGCUGCCUCCCACUCAUCUCAAACCAUUAAUGUGAAUCUGGAGAAUAGUUACCGCCCAGCAGGGGACCAGACUCAUAGUUGUUACCUAUACUCGGGCAAUGCUGAUGGACAGAACGCCACUGUAACAGUUACAAAGGGGCCUAUAGAUUUAUCGGUCACUAAACCUCUCACGAAAGACUCUAAUCAGGAGUCCCCAGUGGUCUCUGGAAAUCUUACGCCUGCUUCAUUUGUGCUCCGUACUCCAUGUGGAUUGGCUGGAAGGAGCCAGAGUUGUGGAUCAGUCCCUCGUCCUGGGACGAACGAGUUGAAUUUGUUGCUUUCCACUAAUCCAAACCUUGCUGGUAUCACCAUCUCACCAGGACACGUGGGAUCUGUCACUCUACCCUAUCAGGUGAUGAUGCCAGUGCUUUGCCAACCUCUUGUUGCUCCAGAGUCCAUUGGCAACACCAUUCCCAACAAUGGCCUUGUGCCUUUCAACCUGCGGAACCUGAAGCUGUUACCUAAUGCCCAGCUUUUAAUGGGUAGCGUUUCAGUGUCAGCACUGAACGAAGAUGCUGUGAAACCCUCCUCACCAACACGACAGAUUUAUUCCCACGUGCCCACUCAGACAUCUCAAGAAGACCUUUGCAACAAACCAGACCCUGUGCCACAGGUGCCCAUUGCAAGCAGACUGCAUGAGGAGUCACUGAAUCUAAUAACAGCCAGGGAUGAUGCACCAUCAUUUGUGGAAUCCUACUUCCAUACUCCAGUUCCCGUUGUGCAGAGAAAGAGAGUAGACGGUAUACAAGUCAAGGCAGUUUCUCCAGCCCAACGCAGACUGGAAAUUGAGAAUAAUAUCGUGAAAUAACAGAUUGUACACGGCAUCUUUUUGUCAAUUGUUAUCAGCGAAAUAAUUUCACUUGGUCAGCUGCCAGGAUUUGCUGAUGUCUAUUCCAACGUGAAUCUCAACCCCAAAAAAUGUUUACUACUGUGUGUUGAGUAGGUGAGAGGAUGCCGCUGUGACGGAAAUGGAAAUGAAAUCUGAAAGCACCAAGGAUCUUCAUUAUUUGUCCUUUUUUAUUCUGCAGCUUAUGGGAGAGCUUUUAUUUUAAUGUUACAAUUACAUUUUAACAUAUUGAUCACCAGACAAAUUCCAAGAAGAUGUUUGGACUCGUCUGGAACCCAGAAACAACAAACUAUUUUCAGUGGAAAGGUGGUGACAGGAGACUAUAUAAAGGAACAUUUGUUAACGACAGAACGCAGAAACUCUCAGAAUUACAUUACUGCUCUUUCAUUAUGUUAUAAUGUCCUUUGCGUUUACACGUGCAGUAUGACCCACUCUGUGGUGAAAAGCCCUAUCGCUGCUAAAGGUGGUUCUCAGUAAUGUGAAUGUUUGGAAUUACCACAGAGUACUGAUGUGCGGAAUUCUGAGAGUCCUUGGUGACAGGCAAAUUCAAAUCUCCUCCAUUCCUCCACAAACCCGUAGGAACACUGAAACCAAGGUGUUAACUUUGUCACUGUACGAGACAUUACAGUGAUCAGCUGAUGAGGUUUUGAAGACAUGAAGUUUCUCUCAUUUGUCACGUUCUUUGUAAGUGAGAUUUUUUUCUUGGUAUGUCUCAAACAGGGCUUAGAAGUUCAUGUCUUCUAUUACUGAAUGACUGAUUUUAGUCAAUUUCACUUCAACAUCUUAAGGGACCCUUUAGUAUACCCAAUUGCCCAAAACCAGAGCUGCCACAAAAUAUUUGCAUUCAUUUCACACUUGUUCCUGGUCUAACCUGUGGCUCCUAAACUUAAACAUGUCUAUAUUCCUGCCCUUCUAGGCAACAAAGUUGUAUUCUUUCAAAAGUCUUGCAUUGUGUUAUUUUUAUUCUGAAGAGCCUAAUUUGGCCAUUGGAAAUGAUUUUCAGUUGGCCACUUCUGAAGAUGAUGGUUCUUCAGUCCUCUAAACGUUUUCACACAUUAUUGUCCCUUGCUGCCCUUUGGAGGGGGGUGACUUACUUUGGUCGUUCUGAUAGGUAAUUCACUGAAGUUAGGAUAUCCUUGAUGGUUUUUGGAGAAUUGGACCAUGGGUGUGGUCUCCAGUAAUUGACAUUUUAAAUUUUACCUCCUAUUACUUUGUAAAGCACUCUCUGGCACCUGUUAGAAAUAUUUUGAUGUCCCCCUUUGCAAUUUCAGCACCAAUGGGGUUCAUGGCUGGUCCUAAAUCCCUCUUCGUCCCAGGGAAAAUUAUUUAGAAUCAGACAAGUUAGCAAAUUGGCAAUGUGGGCUACAGAGACCACUGCAGAUGGACAGUCUGUAAGCAACAAAUGGGUGGGAGUUGAGGGGGUGCACCAAUAUGAAUUUGGGCCACUGUUUAAAUACUCCCUACCCCUCCUCCAGGGCUUGGCUAUCUAACUAGAUUCACAUGAUGAGCAUAUAGUUUCCAGUGCAUUGCAGUCAUCUUAAAUGUGUGCUUCUCACUGGGGUCUCUCCAGAGCACAGUUCAGAGUCAACCACAUUGCUGUGGGUCUGGAGUCACAUGUGGGCCAGACCAGGUAAGGAUGGCAGUUUCCUUCCCUAAAGGACAUUAGUGAACCAGAUGGGCUUUUACAGCAUUCAGUUGUUUUGGUCCAUAUUACUGAGACUGGUUUGUGUUGCCAGCUUUAUUUAAUCAAUUAACUUCAAAAUUUCCUAACCGCCAUGGUGGGACUGGGACUUGUAUAGAUAAUUCGCCCUAACCUCUCAAUUACUCAGUGCUACAAAACCUCAAGAUAUCAGGCUAAUUUGUUAUUUAUGUGAACUUGCAGAGAGACCUGUUCACUUGGGUCUUGACUGUUCUAAAACAGCAAAAACUAUAGAUGAGAUAUUUCCCUCCCCCUCAUCUACUCCACACUCCCCACUAGCCCGACCAUUC